AUGACGGUGAUCGAGUUUUUCCAGCACACCUACCCCAACACCAAGGACUUUGUGCGCGACGUGGACAUGUGGCGCGCGUUCCUGGGGCGCUACGGCGUCAGCGGCAAGAUGCAGACCACCAAGAUCAGCCACCUGUCAGAGGGCCAGAAGAGCCGCAUCGUGUUUGGCAUGCUGUGCAUGAAGAACUACAACCUGCUGCUGCUGGACGAGCCCACCAACCACCUGGACAUUGAGGCCAUUGACAGCCUGGCUGAGGCCAUCAACCACUACAAGGGCGGCGUGGUGCUGGUGUCGCACGACUUCAGGCUCAUAGACCAGGUGGCCAAGGAGAUCUGGGUGUGCGAGAACAAGACCGUGCACCCCUGGUCCGGCAACAUCCGCGACUACAAGAAGGCCCUCGCCAAGAAGAUGGGCGCAGAGUACUACGCAAGCUCCAAGUAG